AUGGCGUCUGGAGAUGCUGAGUACCGGUGCUUCGUCGGCGGUCUUGCAUGGGCCACCGACAGCAAAGCUCUCGAGAACGCCUUCUCUUCUUACGGCGACAUCAUUGAUUCGAAGAUCAUUAAUGAUCGUGAGACUGGAAGGUCUAGAGGUUUUGGAUUUGUGACAUUCGCUAAUGAGAAGUCAAUGAGAGAUGCCAUUGAGGGGAUGAAUGGUCAGAACAUGGAUGGACGUAACAUUACUGUGAACGAAGCUCAGAACCGUAGCGGUGGUGGUGGUGGUGGAGGCGGUGGCUAUGGUGGUCGUCGUGAAGGUGGAGAUGGUGGAUAUGGUGGUCGUCGUGAAGGUGGAGGAGGAGGAUAUGGUGGUGGAGGUGGUUAUGGUGGAAGCAGGGACCGUGGAUAUGGCAAUGACGGUGGUUAUUCCCGCGGUGGUGGUGGUGGUGGUGGAAACUGGAGGGAGUAG